AGCUGAGUUGUUUGUAUUAAGUUUCUGUCUGAGAACGUAUCAACGUGAGUGUGUGUCAGUAUGUCUAUGCAUGUGUGAUCGUAUUUGUGAUACGUGUAUGAGAGUGUGCGUGUAGUGAGUGUGUGUGGUCCUUCUCUCGAUUCAUCCCAUCAUGCCCCUAAAGCGUUGUGAUCAGAGGGCCGUGGGGUCUGUGAGGUUGACAGUGUGUGUGUUGAGUUGGCUGCUAUGUGUGUGUUGGGCUCCAUCAGUAGUGGAGCCUGCUGGUACUCCCCCUGCUCCCCAGCAGAAAGCCCUCAUCCUGCAGAGAGCCUUUCUGGGGCUGGACAAGUGCAAUGCCUGCGUGGGGACGUCCAUCUGCAAGAAGCUCUUGAAGGACCAGAUAAGGUUUGAUUGGUGGAUGUCCCCGGAUACCACACUCCCAUUGGCUGAGAAGCAGAGUUUCCCGGGGAACCUUACAGAUGAUUCAUUAAGCUGGCGUCCUGUGGUCUUGUCGUUCCUCUCCUCCCCCUGUCUGCACUCGUCCUCCGACCGUUCAAUCUGUCGCUCGGUGGGACGGCAGGGUCCCUGCAGCAUCGAGGCCGUCCUCAGGGUCACACCCAGAUUCCAGAGCUUGAACCAAUCACAUCUUCUGCUGCCCCAUAUUGUGAAGGGUUUGGCACCUCCCCUGUUGCGCUGUCCCUCCCAGAGACUGCUGGACCGCAUUGUGCGCCGCUAUGCUGAGGUGGUGGACGUGGGCAGUGUUCAGAUGAAGCACUUCUCAGAGAGAGACAAACUACGGCUGCUCUACACGCUAGCUGUCAAUCAACAGCCUCUCAUACUGCAGAUGUUCCCAGGCACCGAGGGCUGGCCAUUCCCCCGCUACCAGGGCUCGUGUGGCAGGCUGAUGGUGUGGGCAAGCUCCAGGCCUCUGUGGGGCCUUUAUGGUUCCUCCAGGGAGUUUGUCCAGAGGGUGGACGUGGCCUACCAGCUACUCCAUAUCACCCAGGGCCUGGGCCACAACAGUCUGGGUUUCCUGCUCUACUACACCAGGCUAGGGGAGGAUAUGUUUGGCCUGCUGGAUGACCAGCGAGUGUUCAUCACAGAUGCCAGCAGCAUAGGGGUCAUUGACCUGGAGCAGGGGUUCCCCCCAGACCCUCCCUCCCAAACAGGCUCUGAUGGGGACAUCUUCUCCUGCCUGGGUCAGGGUACAUCCCCCUGCCAUCGCUCUCCUCCCUGCAGCUCUGUCCGCCCUACCCAGAGCCUCACUCUGCUCUGCACAGCACUCCUGCCCAGACUGCUGCUCACAGAGAGGGGGGCCCAGACAACCAGGCUACCCAUGGAGGGUGAGGCAGAGGCGGGGAGGUUGGCAAGAGACGUGCCCCUGUUGCUGGGUGUGUGCGCAGACCCUAGCCAGCCUGACUGGAGGAUUAUGGCAGCAGUAGGAUCUCUGAUGGACCUGCUAAAACCCAUGAGGCCCUGCAACCCACACUACACCUACAGGUACCCAGAGUGCAGAUACAACCAAGACUACUGAGAGCUGGCAGGACUACAAUACCCAUACUACAGCCAUAGACAAAUGUUAAGUCCACAGGUGCCCAGAGUGCACAUAUGAACUGGGAUCCAGACAGUUGGUGGGACCGUGCUUCUACACCUGCAUUGCUUGCUGUUUAGGGUUUUAGGCUGGGUUUCUGUACAGCACUUUGAUAUAUCAGCUGAUGUAAGAAGGGCUAUAUAAAUACAUUUGAUUUUUGACUGCAGAGCUUUGAUAUUAGACUGACAACGGGACUGGAGUGUUGUGUGCUGGAAUGACUAUGCACUGAGCUGAGUUGACUAUGCACACAAAGGGGGUGGUGGUUCUGCACGGGGCAGUGUAUGUGAAGUCUGUAGUACUCAGCAGCUUGUAGUGCUUGCCUGCUGCUUACCUGCUUUAGACCUCAGCUACUUUCAGGUAGUGAACCGGUCACAGCAGCUCUGUGCAUCAUAGGAAAGAUGAACAUGUAAAGAAGCAUGAGAAGUUCCACAUGUAAAUAAAGAACUUCUGUUAAAUGAUGCAUAAAACAUCCUUCAAACAAUAAAAGCAUUUCAAGGAGG